AUGGAUUCGAUUAUUGGAUUUAUUACAGAUUUAACUGGAGAGAAACGUGGUCCAUCUAAACAUUAUCGUCGAUAUAAUGUUUUAACAGCCGACAAUGAGAUAAUACAAGGAUGGGUGUUCUCGUCGCUAGAAAUCGAUCAAACAACUUCUGGCAAUGUACUGUUAACAGCUGCAAAGACCAAUAAAAGUGUUCGUUUACAAGGAAAACUUUCAACAGAAGCAAAUGGUACAAAAACAAUUAAAGUAUCUAUUAAUAGUAAAUUGGAUAAAUGUAUCAAUUGUACAGAAAGUACUCUUAUACGCCCCAUGAGUGUAUUAACGGCAACAUCAAUUAAAGAUGCUCUUUUAUCAACUACACCAUCUCGAAUAGAAGCCGUAGUAUUGGAUGAAAAUGAAACAAUAACAUUUACUCAAAAUGAUAAACAACGUCGUUAUAAAAUCUUCAUUAUUGGUGACAAUAGUGGAACAACACCACUAAUCGUAUAUGAUGAAUUAAUUGAACAUCUUCAAAUUAGUGAAAGUUUCAUUUUCACGCAAAUAAAAUGGAAAAAAAUCCACAAUAAAAUAAUUCUAUCUACAAGUGCAAAUAGUAUUAUUGACAAAGCUACAAAUGUACUUAUUCCUGAUUUAAAUGACAUGGAAGAAUCUAUGUCAUUUAAAGAAAUUGACAUUCAAGUAACAACAUGCUGCAUUGAAGAGAUUGUUCAUUCUCAAAAAGACCUUAUAUGUACCACAUGCAAGCAAAACUUGAUACCAGUUACAGGAAAAGAACAUCUGCUUAAGUGUCAACAUUGCUCUAAAUUUAUGUUAUCAAAAUCAAAAAAUACUCAAACAAGCGUCGUUAUUCAAAUUGAUAAUCAAAAAAGUACAUUUUUCACGAAAACAGACACAUUACAAAAAUUCUUUCAACAGCAAAAUCCUCAACUGCCCAUCACAUCUGAAAAUUUAUCUGAAUUUUAUUUAGUUAAUGGACCAUGGUUACUAACUUUAAGUCAUUUUCGACAUGAACUCAUCAGCAUUGACAAAUAA